AUGCCAAAUGGAAAACAAUAACUGACCAAAUUAACAAAGCUUUGGAGGUCUAUAAGCCAUGUGUGAAGGAGAAUUGCAGCUGUCACCAAAGCGUCUGGAAGCAGGACCUGGCUCCUUUUCAAGGUGGCAUUUCCAAGGAGAUAAUAUCAAAUGUGGUGAGCCGGAAGCUUGGAACACACUACCAAAUCAUUAAGAACAAGUUGUAUCGUGAGCAUGACUGCAUGUUCCCUGCAAGAUGCAGUGGAGUUGAGCAUUUUCUUCUGGGGAUCAUCAGCCGCCUCCCAGACAUGGAGAUGGUGAUCAAUGUGAGAGACUACCCCCAGGUCCCCAAGUGGAUGAAGCCCAUUAUCCCAGUCUUCUCCUUCAGUAAGACACCUGAGUACAAUGAUAUCAUGUAUCCUGCCUGGACGUUUUGGGAAGGAGGACCAGCUGUUUGGCCAAUUUACCCAACAGGUUUAGGGCGCUGGGACCUCAUGAGAGAGGACCUCAGAAGAUCUGCAGAAAAAUGGCCAUGGAUGAAAAAAAUCUCCAAAGGAUAUUUCCGAGGAUCCAGAACGAGUCCUGAGAGAGAUCCCCUCAUUCUGCUGUCCCGAGAAAACCCAGAACUCGUUGAUGCUGAGUACACUAAAAACCAGGCCUGGAAAUCUGAAAAGGAUACCCUAGGGAAACCUCCUGCAAAGGAAAUUCCACUGGUUGAUCACUGCAAAUACAAGUACCUGUUUAAUUUCCGGGGAGUGGCUGCCAGCUUCCGGUUCAAACAUCUUUUCUUGUGUGGUUCACUUGUGUUUCACGUUGGAGAAGAGUGGUUGGAGUUCUUCUACCCCCAGCUGAAGCCUUGGGUCCACUACAUCCCAGUCAAAUCAGACCUCUCUGAUGUCAGGGAGCUAUUGCAGUUUGUAAAGGAAAAUGAUGCCAUAGCACAAGAAAUUUCGGAGAGGGGACGCCAGUUCAUCACUGAGCACUUGCAGAUAGAGGAUAUCUCUUGCUACUGGGAGCAUCUGCUGUCUGAGUAUUCCCAAGCCUUGACUUACAAAGUGAAAAGGAAGAACAACUACAACGAGAUUACUUCAGAACGACUGAAAACAGAACUGUAGAGACUUCGGUGGUUUUCUUUUCAGCUCAAACUGAUCUCUGUGGAAAUCUAAAGAUCAGUGUACCUUCUUUCUUGUCCUCCUGGGCUUAUUAUCCUUUACACUAAAACUACAGAGAACAGCAAUAGGCUAACUUUAAAAGUCUUCCCGUACAGUGGGACCCACUUAAACUGUUGCCAUAAGACCAUUAAGUAGACUGUUGGAUAAUGGGUACUUAAUGGAGUGGUUAUGCUGGUGCCUGGAAUAGGGUAGUAAGCGUUUGGGACUUUGUUACUACCUGUCUUUGCCUCAGAAUAAUCCUAACUCCCAUCCAGUCAAUGCGGGACCUUUUCUGUUAAUUUUACUGGACUUUUCAUCAAGUCCUCUGUAAUUGUGGACAAGGCGCAAAGACUGUGAGCCCUGCUCAGCUGGGAGAUACGUGCCCAUUUUUGGCAGAUUGGCAGUGUUUUCUUACGUGUGUGAUGGCAUUUGGGACGUUAUGCGUUCCCUGACAGAAGCAGUGACUAGGUUUUGGGGUAACCUUUUUAGAUAGCUUAAGACUUAGUUUUCUUUUCGGAAGUUUAUGUCAGGUUUCUAAAGCAAAGCUGUAAUGGACAGUUAAAAGGACAAGUUCUCCUUGCACACAUAAAUUACCUACCUCAUAGGGGAUCCAGUGGUGGUGAUGAUGCUACCACAGUGCUAAAUCUGAGUAGCAGACAAUGGCAACUGA